AUGUUUGGCUUCUCCCAGGUUAAAGGCACUGUGAGGAAAGUGGCACAGCAGUGUAGGCUGCAGGCUAGUCUCAACUGUGGAAAGUUUUCCCAGACCGCUGCCGAUUUGAAACAGUUCUGUAGACAGAAUGCUCAACAUAACCCCCUGAUGACGGGAGUAUCUUCAAGUCCAAAUCCCUUCAGACUCCAGAGAUUCUGUUCAUUUUUGUAG